AUGGAUAAAAAACGAAAAACUAUUGAUUCUUCUGAAAGGUUUCCAAUUCGAAUUCAAUCUUCAAAUCAGCUCGAUCAAAUUAUUUGGAACUUAUCCUAUCUCGAUUCUAGAAUUCUAAAACUUCGAAAUUCCACCUAUAAUCCUAUAGAUUUUCCAAAUUUUGAGCAAAUUCUAGAUGCUCCAAGUAUUCUAAACCUAGCUGAAAAAUAUGAGGUAAGUUUUUUCUCUCAAGAAAAAUCUGAAAUUCUGAAAUUCCAGCCAAUGUCUGGUUGGCCAUUAACAUUGGAAGAAUUUGGAGAGAAACAACGGAAACUGAAUGAAUUUGAUUUACAAUUUUCAGAUAAAAAAUUCAUAGAUCAAUCAAUAAAUACGUGAGUUAUUGCAAGUUUCAAAUUAAAUGUAAGACAAGAAUUUUUCUAGGAAAAACUGGUUACGAUUCGAUACAAUGUUAUCCAUUGAAUAUCUGAAAUCUCUUGAUUUUUUCAAAUUUUUGAAAUUUGAAGAUCGAAGUGUUUUGGCUAAACAUGUUACAGUAACAAUUCAAACUAUGAUAUUUGCAUAUUCAUCUUUUCAAAAUAAACCAGAUUGUUUCAAAACACCAGAUGGAUGUUGUGUUGAUUCAGAAACUAUGUGAGUUUUUCAAAAUUUACAUACUAAAAUAAUAUAAUGUUUCAGAUCAGUAAUAUUACACUCAUACAUGGCUCGAAAAAUGUGUAAACAUGCAACAUUUAUUGAAGUUCAUCUGAAGUCUAUUCAAAAAGUUAUGGGAUUUUUGAUUCAAGAAAAAUUGACUGAAAUUGAAUAUAUGUUAUUGAAAUCAAUUGCAAUUUGUGAUCCAAUAUUUGAAUUGUCAGAAGAAGCUAGAAAUAUUAUUUGGAAAAAUCGUCAGAAGUUCUCAAAAAUAUUACUAGAAUAUUGUGAAAUAACCUAUGGAAAAAGAAAUGGACCAUCGAGAUUUGUCAAACUUUUGAGUUAUCUUAACUUGAUUAUCUCUCAUGAGAAACAUAUGAGGAUUUUUAUCAUUUUUUUGGGAUUAUCUUCGAAGAUGAGAUCAUUGGAAAAUGUUAUUUUUAAUGUUUCAAGUUAA